AUGCAUGGUCGCUUUUUUGAACUUUUAAAUGAAGUUGUAGACAAGAAGGUUGGAAUGAAAGAGGUAAAGGUUGAUACCUACGUGUCGAGUAUCCACUGCAAGCGUUUGAUGGAGUGCAUUAUCAAACGUGGAAGUGAAAGGCAAAAUGUAUUCGCUGACAAAAACGAAACUAAUGUAUCCAAAACCUUUUUUAUGGAUUUUAAAGAGAAUUCGCUGAACGAAGAACCCAAGAAGGAAAUUUACAUUGGUAAAAAUGAAAAUGCUCACAAUCUCUCGACAAUAGGAACCGAUUCAACUUGGCCAUCAUUUGCUGAUCUUCUCAACCAAAUGAACAGCACCAAAAUCCACCACUACAAACAUCAUCACAAGCAUCGAUGGUGGUUACAUAUCUCGCAUCAUUUGGAAAAGAUAAAAGCAAAAGUUAGAUUGAAAGACGAUGAUACUAAAAGAUGGCAGGAAGAAAGAAUUCGGAACUUCGUUUUUAGAAAAGAAAAAGUGAGUGACGUAUCAAUACCCAUCCUCGUGAUCUCCGAUAAAAAACAAUACAGGAAAAAAGAGAAAUCAGAAGAUUCAGUCCAAACUGAACACACUCCCCGGAAGAUUAGGCACGAGACUUGAAUGGAUCCAUACCGUCAUCGGCACAUGAAACCUUUCAAAAUGACAUCACCUCAUCGAUAUCGAUUUUUUACUUGAUGUAAAGAAUUAGACUAUCCCUCAUGAACCUUGUUUUUACUAAAAUUAAAAAAAAAAAUUUGUAACUGUCUCCACAUUGAUGUAAUGUAACAUAUAUUCGUAUUGGAACUAAAAUGUAUUUGGAUA